AGGUGGAAAUUACAGUUGUUUACUCAUCUCAAGUGAGGACCAGGAUGAGCUGCAUUACCAGGAUACUGACUCGGAUGUGCCGGAGCAGCGGGACGGCAGAUGCAAAGUCAAGUGGACUCAAGAAGAGGAUGAGCAGCUGAAGAUGUUAGUAAGCCAUUACGGGCAGAAUGACUGGAAGUUCCUGGCCAGCCACUUUCCUAACCGCAGCGAUCAGCAGUGUCAGUACCGGUGGCUGCGAGUGUUGAAUCCAGACUUGGUUAAGGGCCCUUGGACCAAAGAGGAGGACCAAAAGGUAAUUGAGCUGGUUAAAAAAUAUGGCACCAAACAGUGGACCAUGAUAGCCAAGCACCUGAAAGGGCGGUUAGGGAAGCAGUGCCGGGAACGCUGGCAUAACCACCUGAACCCUGAGGUGAAGAAGUCUUCGUGGACAGAGGAGGAGGAUCGUAUAAUUUUUGAGGCCCACAAGGUCCUGGGGAAUCGCUGGGCAGAGAUCGCCAAGCUGCUGCCUGGAAGGACUGACAACGCUGUGAAGAAUCACUGGAACUCCACCAUCAAGCGGAAGGUGGACACGGGAGGCUUCCUCAAUGAAACGAAAGAGUCCAAGUCGCUGUACGUCCUUGUGGAGGUGGAUGAGAAGGAGAGUCAAAGUCAGACGAGGGCUGGAAGCCAGAAGGUCCUGCCCAACUGGCCAAUCGAUACGUCUGAAAUAAAGGAGGAGGACGUCAGCGAUGAGGAGGUGACAGGUGUGCAGGAGUUACCCUCCGAGCUGCCAGCUGCUGAACUGGUGGAGCAUAUCACUGGGGAGACUCCAGGGGAUGUGGUGCCUGAAGAUGCCUCAUUUGUCACGUCACCAUACAAAUGGGUCGUUGAAACUGCCAGCUAUUUGUACCCAACGACAUCUGUGCCAGCCUUCAAUGAAGCUCUGGACAUGAUUGAGUCUGACCCAGAUGGGUGGUGUGAUCUGACCCAGUUUGACCUGCCUGAGGAACCUUCUGCUGGCAGCAGCAGCAGCAGCAACAGCCCAGUGAGGCAAACCCCCAGCAAGCCAACGCCUUCGCUGCCCAGCGUGACUGAGUACCGCCUGGACGGCCACACCAUCUCUGACCUCAGCAAGAGCAGCAAGGGGGAGCUCAUCCCCAUCUCUCCACACUCAGAGGUGAGCUUCGGCACGCCACCCUCUGUGCUGAAGAGGCAGAAGAAAAGGAAGGUUUCCCUCUCCCCCGUCACAGAGAACACCACCAGUACCAGCCUUUCCUUCCUCGACUCCUGCAACAGCAUGACGCCCAAGAGCACCCCUGUCAAGACACUGCCCUUCUCUCCAUCUCAGUUCUUAAACUUUUGGACCAAACAGGAUACACUAGAACUGGAGAACCCUUCUCUGACCUCCACGCCUGUGUGCAGUCAGAAGGUGAUUGUCACCACCCCUCUGCACAGGGACAAGACCCCUCUGCUCCAGAAGAACUCAGCGUUUGUCACACCAGAUCAGAAGUACGUGGUAGACAACACUCCUCACACCCCCACGCCUUUCAAAAACGCCCUGGAGAAAUAUGGACCAAUUAGGCCUCUGCCCCAGACUCCUCACCUGGAAGAAGACUUGAAAGAAGUGCUCCGAAGUGAAGCUGGCAUCGAACUUAUCAUAGAGGAUGAUGUAAAGCCUGAGAAACAGAAGAGGAAACAAGGAUUGCGCAGGAGUCCCAUCAAGAAGGUGCGCAAGUCUCUGGCCCUGGAUAUUGUGGAUGAAGACACGACGCAAAACGUGCCUGCCCUCCCCAAGACUGUCUGUUUCAAAAGAGCGCAGCCUGUGAAUUUCCUGUCGAGGUCCCUGAACCUUUCCUCCUCAAGCAGGAAGAAUGACAGUGGUUUGCUCAACAGAGCCUUUGUGCAAGUGCAGCCAGAGAAAAUGUCCUACAGGAAAAUGCCGAGCCAUUUCAGACCACCAGCACCGAUGACCAGGGCUUGGAAAGCUGUAGCCUGUGGUGGAACCCGAGACCAACUCUUCAUGCAGGAGAAAGCUCGACAAUUUUUGGGCAUGUUGAAACAGAGUCACACAUCAAGGACGUUAAUCUUAUCAUGAAGGAUUCUUCUGCUUUUUUAUUUUAUUUUUUAAUAUUUUUUUUAUAAGUGGAGGGGAGAGAGAACCACAGAAAAGAAUAACCUCUGCCAUGCCUUGGUGUAUGGGAGUGGCUUUUUUUUUUUCUUCUCUUCCUGGGUAGAUCUAUAUUGUAAUAAAUGGGGCUAACUGCUGCCUAA